UCGAAUUCCAUUAAACCACACGAAAGAUAAUUUUAGCGUUGAGGGUGAAAUUUUGUUAGAAAUAAUGGGGAAGGAAGAAGAGUGUUUGAUUUUAGGUUACAAGGGAUGUCCAAUGUUUUUCUUAUCGGCAUGGAAACCCAAAGUUGAAGAUGGACACUACAAUUCCAAUUCCACCAGCCAUAAGUUUGGACAAGGUUUCAAUCCAAAUCCUCUACCUCCUCAACCUCUUCAACCUUUUCCAGAGAGGCCUCCAAGCAUUUGAGAAAGCAUUUGAAUCAAGGGACGGCUACCAUUUUGAACCAUCUCUUACAAAGGUAGAAGACUUAAGAUAUUUCAUGUUAAAGGAUUGUAACAUAGAUGUUGCUGUUGCCAUCUGUCUACAAAAUCGUCACACAAGUGAUGAAGUUUAUAUCGUAGAAUUUUAUUGGCCUCCAAUUGAGAGUGAAAUAUCAAAAUCUUUAGCUCUUCGUAUCUUCCAUGACUUGAAACAUAUGAAGACAACGUUUGUAACAGUAAAAGUUCAAGGCCCCGAAAUUAAGUUCCAAGAAGAAGCCAUUUCAAGCAUUCCUACAUCUUCAAACACAGCAAUGCCUUUGAAAAUAGCUGAAGAAGCAAGGGACAUUCAUGCAAUAGAAAUAAAUGCGCAUAUUGAGCAGAUUAUUUUCAAUGAUGACUCUCAGAUUGUGGAAACAAAACGAAACAAACAGAGAAAGUCGUGGUCAAAGGUUUGGGUGGACUUUGAUAAAUUUGAAAAACAUGGAAAACAAGUAGCCAAAUGUAAACACUGCCCCAAGGAGCUUACAGGGUCAAGUAAGAGUGGAACCACACACUUGAAUAACCACUCGAAAGUAUGUCCUGGUAAGAAAAAACAACAUCAAGAAAGCCAGUUGAUACUUCCAGUUGAUACCAAUGAAAGAAGCGCAACGUUUGAUCAAGAAAGGAGUCACUUGGAUCUUGUGAAAAUGGUUAUUAGGCAUCAGUAUCCAUUAGAUCUGGCUGGUCAAGAAGCCUUCAAGAAUUUUGUGAAAGGUUUGCAGCCAAUGUAUGAGUUUCAAUCCAGAGAUAUAUUGUUAUCUGACAUACAUCGCAUCUAUAACGAAGAGAGAGAGAAACUUCGGUUGUAUUUUGAUCAGCUUGCUUGCAAAUUAAAUUUGACAGUAAGUUUGUGGAAGAACAAUCAUGGAAAGACUGCAUAUUGUUGUUUGAUAGCACAUUUUAUUGAUGAUGGUUGGGAACUAAAGAUGAAGAUUCUUGGCUUGAGGAAAUUAGAGCAUGUAUAUGACACAAAGGUAGUAGGUGGAAUUAUUCGGAGCUUUGUUUCGGAGUGGAAUAUAAGUAAGAAAGUAUGUUCCAUAACUGUGGAUAACUCUUUUCUGAAUGAUGGUAUGGUUCAUCAGAUAAGAGAAAAUUGUGUUAGUGAGCAGGGCUCCCUUUCUUCAGCUCAUUGGUUCAUCAGUUCCACACUUCUUGAGGAUGGGUUUCGUGAGAUGGAUAGCAUACUUUCAAAGUUAUGGAAAUCCAUUGAAUAUGUCACUGAAACAACACAUGGAAAACUGAACUUUCAAGAAGCUGUAAAUCAAGUGAAGCUACAAGGUGGGAAAUCAUGGCACGAACUUUCUUUCAAGCUGGAAUCAGACUCUGACAUACUUGAUAGUGCCUUGAGAUCAAGAGAAAUAUUUUGUAAGCUGGAGCAAAUUGAUGACAAUUUUAUGCUAAACCUAUCAAAGGAGGAAUGGGAGAAGGCAGUAACUCUACAAAGUUGUUUCAAAUGUUUUGAUGAUAUCAAAGGAACUCAAUCCCUUACUGCAAAUUUGUACUUCCCGAAGCUCUGCAACAUAUAUGAGGAAUUUGGUCAACUAAAAAAGAGCAAUCAUCCGUUUGUCAGAUUGAUGAAGAGGAAAUUUGACAACUAUUGGAGCUUAUGUAAUGUGGCUUUCACUAUUGCAGCUGCUCUUGAUCCAAGGUUAAAGUUUAGAUCCUCAUGUAAUGAGACCUAUGAUCUUGAAAGUAUGAUGAAGCUGAUAAGAUUUCGUAAAGUUCUCAUGGAUGUUUACUUUGAGUAUGCUAAUGAAGCCAAAAAUCUGAGUGCAUCAUCUUCAGUCUUGGAUGAUUCCAAUUCUUUAACAGCAGAGACCACGAAAGAUUGUAUUGUGAGCUACUUCAGUAAAUUUGCAUCUGCAAGCAAUGUUAAAGAGGUGGCUUCACAGAAGUCAGAGCUUGACUGUUACUUAGAAGAGACUUUGCUUCCCUCGGAUGCAGACAUACUUAGUUGGUGGCGUGUUAAUUCUCAAAGGUUCCCCACACUUGCAAAGAUGGCUUGUGAUUUCCUCGCAAUCCCAGUAUCAGUUUCCUCACCAUGUUCGAAUAUUAGUGCUAUGACCAUAAAUCCAGCCUACAGUAGCUUAGACCCUGAGAGCAUGGAAGCUCUGGUAUGCAGUCAAAAUUGGUUGGAGUCUACAAAAGAAAAUGAUGGAGAACAUCAUGAACCCAUGCAAAAUAUGGAUAAAAGGAAAAGAAAGAUGGAAGAGAAUGACACUCCUACUGUAAAAGUUUUCAAAAACCGGCCUCAUGAAAAAGCUAGUAGUAAUGGAGACAUUGCUAGUGAUUUCAACAAAAAUGAUGGUAGUCUAUCUUUUGACAAUUGGAUGGAGCCACAAUGUUCUUCUUCAGAGUCUGUUGGUGAAAAAGCAGAGAUCAUGGAAGCUUCGGUUUGCAAUCGAGAUAGGUUGGAAUCGUCAAUAGGAAAAACUAAUCAUGGAAGCAACAUUGCUGCCGCAAUUGGAAUUCCAUAUGAUGAACCACCAUUCAACAGUAAUCAAUUGGAUCGAUUUCAAAGCUCAUCUUCCGAGUCUGAUGAUGAGACAACAUUGAGGAAGCAAGGGUCAUGGUGUAGAGAGGAUGUUCGGACAUAUUUAGUCUCAAGUUUUACAAACAAGGAGAAAAAACGAUUAAAUAGAUGGAAAAGGAGUGAGCUGAGCGGAAAGAAAAUUGGAAGGGACAAGGAAUUUCAAUUAAUGGGCGAGAAACUAACACCUUUACUCAUGGUGCCUCAUUGUGAUGAAACACUACUAGAGUACUAUAUCGAUGAUUCGGUCGUUAAUACUUAUUUUAAAUUGCUUAAGAAGAGAUCCGACAAAUUUCCAAAUGUAUACAUCAAACAUUAUUCGUUUGAUUCUCUAAUAGCUACUUGCUUAAUAGAAGGAUCCAAAUCAGAAGAUGAAGUAUUAGCAUGGUUUAAAGAUGAAAAGUUAAGAGGGGUCCAUAAAUUGUUUCUACCAAUGUGUUUAUCAGCACAUUGGGUUCUUUUUUGUGUAGAUACCAAAGAGAAGAAGAUUUCAUGGUUAGAUCCGAUACCAUCUUCUCGGAUAAUGUCUAAUAGUGUCGAAAAACAAAAAAUAUUCCAGUGGUUCGCACUCUAUCUACUGCCAGAAUUUGGUCAUAAUGAUGCAGAGAAAUGGCCAUUUGAAGUGCGCACUGAUAUUCCAAAGCAAGAAAACUCGAUUGAUUGCGGAGUAUUCGUGAUGAAAUAUGGUGAUUGCCUAAUGCAUGGUGAUUUCUUCCCUUUUACACAAAAAGAUAUGAUUCAUUUUCGACGUCGUAUCUUUCUUGAUAUAUACCGUGGGAGGUUACAUGGUAAAUAAGAUAGACAAAUUUGCCACUUGUUUUGGAGCUGAAAUUCAAUGGAUGUGUUUUUUUUUAAUGUCUUUUUAUUGUUAAUUUUGUUAAAUCUAACCCUUUUAUGCACAUAUAGUAUUUCGUCCUUAGAUUUAUACUUAUUUUCCAUCGCAAUUGAAAUGAUGUUGAGCUUUUUGCACUUUAAUUUAGCUCAAGCUUAAACAA